AUGUUCCCGACUACGGCUCUCAUCUCGCUCACCCUCGCCGCUGUGGCGUACGCCCAGCAGGCCGGCACGCUCACCGCCGAGACGCACCCCAAGCUCUCGGUCUCGACCUGCACGUCCUCCGGCUCCUGCACGGCUUCCACCCAGUCGGUUGUCCUCGACGCCAACUGGCGCUGGGUCCACUCGACCUCGGGCGCGACGAACUGCUACACCGGCAACACUUGGGACGCCUCGCUUUGCCCGGACGACGCGACUUGCGCCUCCAACUGCGCGCUCGACGGCGCGGACUACUCUGGCACCUACGGUAUCACCGCUUCCGGCAAUGCGCUCACGCUCCAGUUCAAGACCGGCUCGAACGUCGGCUCGCGUGUCUACCUCAUGGACUCGUCGGACUCCAAGUACCAGACCUUCAACUUGAAGAACCAGGAGUUCACCUUCACGGUCGACAUGUCGCAGCUCCCCUGCGGUCUCAACGGCGCCGUCUACUUCUCCCAGAUGGACGCUGAUGGUGGUGUUGGCCGCUUCCCGACCAACAAGGCUGGUGCCAAGUACGGUACCGGUUACUGCGACUCUCAGUGCCCGCAGGACAUCAAGUUCAUCAGCGGCAAGGCGAACGUCGAGGGAUGGGCCGCGUCCUCGAACAACGCCAACACUGGCACUGGUACCUACGGCACUUGCUGCACGGAGAUGGACAUCUGGGAGGGCAACAGCAUGGGUGAGGCCUACACUCCUCACGUCUGCUCCGUGACCGAGCAGACCGCCUGCACUGGCGACGACUGCGGUAACAGCAGCGACAACCGCUACGACUCGCUCUGCGACAAGGACGGCUGCGACUUCAACUCCUUCCGCAUGGGCGACAAGUCCUUCCUCGGCCCCGGCCUCACCGUCGACACCACCAAGCCCAUCACCGUCGUCACGCAGUUCAUCACCUCGGACAACACCGCCAGCGGCGACCUCACCGAGAUCCGCCGCAUCUACGUCCAGAACGGCCAGCAGAUCGCCAACUCCAACUCGACCAUCUCCGGCGUCUCCGGCAACUCGAUCACCGACGACUUCUGCAACGACCAGAAGACAGCGUUCGGCGACGAGAACCAGUUCGAGGCCAAGGGCGGACUCAAGACGAUGGGCGACGCGUUCGAGGCGGGCAUGGUCCUCGUUCUCUCGCUCUGGGACGACUACGCCGUCAACAUGCUCUGGCUCGACAGCGACUACCCGACGACCGAGCCUGCCACCCAGCCCGGUAUUGCCCGCGGUAACUGCUCCACCUCCAGCGGUGUCCCCGCCGAUGUCGAGUCGCAGAGCGGCAGCGCAAAGGUUAUCUACUCCGACAUCAGGACCGGCCCGAUCGGCUCGACUUUCUAA